AUGAAGACUUUGACUUUGGUACUUUUCAUCUGCAUCAUUGGCGUUGCCAUGUGCAAUCCUCCACAAGGUGGAAAAGGUGGAAAAGGAGGUGCAGGUGGCGAUGGAGGCGCUGGUGGAAACGGUCAAGUUGCUGGUGAUGGUGGCAAUGCCGGCAAUGGUGGUGACGGUGGUCGCGGUGGAAAUGGAAAAAUAGCUGGUGAUGGUGGUGACGGAGGUAGAGCUGGAAAAGGUGGACGAGGUGGAAAUGGACAAGAAGCCGGCAAUGGUGGCCGGGGUGGUCGUGGUGGUCGCGGUGGACGUGGAGGUUCAGCUCAAUAA